AUGCCCCCAAUUACUGUCGUUUGCUACAUUUGCGGUCGCGAGUUCGGGACUCAAUCCAUAGAUAUCCAUGAGCCUCAAUGCCUCAAAAAAUGGCAUAAUGAAAACGACCAGCUCCCUAAGUCGCGGAGGAGGCAACCUCCUGUAAAGCCCAUAAUCACAAUGAGCAGCAAAUCUCUUGAUCUCAAGGCGACUCCAGAUAACAUCGAAUACAGCCUUCAUAAUGAACUUGCCUCCAAGGCCGCUAUCGCUAAUCUAAUCCCGUGUCACAAAUGUAAUAGGAGAUUCAACCCAGAUCGUAUUGAUGUGCACGAGCGAGUGUGUAAAGGUGUACAUGAAACCACACAA